UAACGAUAGAUUUGGUAAAAAGUAUAUAGCGUUUUUAACCGGAAUUAGGUUUUCAUUAAUGCGUAUGAGAAGGGUCGGUACAGAUACCGUUGUUCAUCUCUGCAUACCAGUAUCUAAGAAUAAUUUAUAAAGAAUGGUAGCUACAACUAGGUCAACUAUAUAUCAUGCACAAAUAUAUUGUUCUUAAUGUAUUUCUGUUUUAAUUAUUUAUUAUUUCAAUUAACGAACUAUUUCGAAUAGGCUCUGUUCACCCUGACUACCUCGAAAGGUCAGGUUGCUCUUAAUCUUCCAGCCCCGUCCGUCCAGUCCGGUCCAAUGGGUGGGGUAGCUGUCGAUAUAGAACCAUUUGGCGUUUUCUCCCAUAUUGACAGCCGAUGACAGUGUCCAGCAGCAGCUCCAUCGCAAUAUUGAGACUCUCAAUUUGAGAGUGAGACUGGCUAAUAACCAAGACAACCAAAUAUCAUAUGGAACGAAAAGUCAGUCGCAGUCGCCUCGCAGGUAGUCACCGGUUGGCUGGCAGUGCAGAUGAACUCUACUCUCGGAACUACUCUCCUCGAUUUUCUCCAGUGAAUUUAUUUACGACUUUAUUUUUCUUAUCGUCCCCUCAUCCCCUCGUCUCUCUCGUCGUCAUGAUCAUCCUCCCCUCCCCCAAGUUCAAGUACGCAGGAACUUUGCGACCCAAAAAAGCCCUGUUGCGAAGGUUUUGCCAUCGCCGUUGGUUUCUGACCUUGCUGGCUUGCCUUCCCUUUGUCGGCCUUCUCCGCUGGGGCAUCAGAGCCUUCAAUAGUACGGAGGUGGUGGCGAGAAUUCGGUACGAUUCCAGGGGGAUCGAAUCCAUCAUUUCGGAGUCUCCAGACACACCAGAAUGGAAAAACGGGUCCUGGGAGAGCCUGACUCAAACUAGUCCCAAGCUGCAGGCAUACAUCGUCAGGAAGUACAUUAUCCAACCGUCGCCAUUCGGAGGUAAUGGAGUUGAUUGGACUCCACUUCACCUCACGGUCAGGUAUAAACAGCAGGAAGUGGUCCGUUUUGUAUUGAAUCUGUUCUUCCGAAAAAACUAUGGUACAUUUAUCGAGGCGGGGGCAAAUGAUGGGGAAUAUUUUUCCAAUACGAUGCUGCUUGAGAGAUGGUUUAACUGGAGUGGGGUUUUGAUUGAGGGGGACCCACGACCGUUGAAAAGAUUGGUCGAACGCAACAGAGCCGCAUAUAUUGCGAAAUGCUGCCUCUCUACCAGCAUCCGUCCAAAAAAGAUAACCUUUCUCAGACACACGAGGGACGAAGGGCUCUCUUUCAUCCGGGGAAAAAGGCAUUUUAUUGGUCGAGAGGAAGACUACCACGCUUUCGAAUCGCAAUGUUUUCCCCUCUACGCGAUCCUAUCGGCCUUGAACUUGACCACUGUCGACUACUUUAGUCUGGAUAUUGAAGGAGCCGAGUUGGAUGUUUUGAAAACCAUCCCGUGGGAAAAUGUAUUGAUCAAGGUCUUAUCCAUUGAGGUCCAUGCUACCUAUGUCACCCCCGUGAAGAACUACAUGACGGGCGAGGCUGGCUACAAAUAUAUCACAUUCAUACAAAACGGAUAUUCUCACGAUCAGAUUUAUGCUCACAAGUCCAUCAUGCACGAACUGGACAAAAGAGUUGUGGAUGGAAAACGGUUAACUUUUUGGGGUUAUGUCUGGUUGUGGAUGUGGCCAUAAACGAUUUACUAAUUUUUACUUACUUUUACUUUUGUUAAUUAUUCAGGUAAUUUUGAAAGAGCACCAAUCCCUUAUAGUCUCGUACUUGUUUCAACGCUGUAUAUUAAUAUGUUAAUGUUAUAUCAUAUGAAAAUUCUCGUGAACUUGUUUUGUUAUAUAACAUGCAUAUAUAUGCAUGUUUCUUAAUUAUUAAUUUUAAUAAUAAUGUUGUCAGUCGUGUCACCCUGGGGAGACCAGUCUAAUUUUGUACCGAUAGGUUGAAUUGCACGUUAAAUAAAGGUAAAACAAACAAACUACUUAAUUAA